AUGCUGACUCAUGGGAAAACCGUUUACGAAGGUUCUCCCGUUUCAAAGCAUUCCACAUCUUCCGAAGACCAUCAAACGAGCUUUCAUGGUUCUAAAGAUGGACAAUCAGGGAGUGAUCAUACCAGCCGUAAGGUGCCCAACAGUGCUGUUCCAGAGGUUGCCCAGACAUCCGAUCUGACGAAAUGUGAAUUGAAUUCGCAUUCCAAUGAACAGACCAACAUGUCGUUGGCAGCCGAUGCGAAAAACUCGGACUAUGUUCAACGGAUCCUGAUUGAAUCAGAAACUGUUUUGGCAGCUAAGCAAAAUCUAUUGGUCACCGGACUGACCCCUCGAAGCCCGAAAUCUUGGAAAUUCCAUGGGGAUGUGUUAACAAAUGAAAACCAGCCGUUAUCAGGCUCAGCCGAGAACGGUUCAGCUGAUAAUUCCGACACACCGAUGAGAGGUACCGGGAAAACGGACAGCGUCCUAAAGGAAUCACGGUAUACCAAUAACAUCGGUGAUAAGACCCUCGUUGGUUCCAACACUGAGCCGAACGAACUGCAGAAUGUUUCAUUCCGUCCUCGGGCAUCAGAAGAUAGCCCUACAGCUCAUUCAAAAGAAUGCAUUACGGCCGGACCUGAACAAACCUGUGUUACAAAGAAUGACUCUGACAAGUGCGCUUUAUUUCUUGCAAAUUCUUCGUCGCCGGGCGAGAGGAAAAAUUCAUUACCUGCCUCUACUUCUGAUCACGAUAAUUCACUAACCAAUGUCAUACCUAUUGAACCCAAAUACAGUUCCAAAAGCUCAGAACAACUUCGAAUUCAGAAGUUAUCGGCCAACAUGGUUGAACCUUCGGUGAGUAAAAUAACGAAUUGGAAGAACUCGGAAAACGUGAUGAUUGAUGACACAAAAGUUCAAAAGAACAAUACGCCUCCAUCAGUUAAUUUUCCGGUAAAUCAAAAUGAUGCGGCUUCAUCCCCAUCCGAGGCUUGUGUGUUAGUCGGAUCGUCUAUGCCUCCGCCUAUCUCUGAAGGUAGCACUGGGAAGCGUCAAAAACUAGGAAAUCGACUACUGGAUGCGGCCAAGAAAAAGACAAAUCCGAUCAGUGUUGAUGAGACUGAUGAUACGUCGACUUCACACGAUAGCCUCUGGCAUGGUGAAUCGUCAGUGUCUGUUCCAACUUCUGAUCCCUGCCCUCACUACAAUGCACCUGAUAUGGGCAAACAUUCACGAACACUAACUGGAUUACUGUUAGUCCCUUCUGUGUCCGAGACCACGAAACUUGUGAAAGUAGUUGUCGUGUCACCGGAAGAGCACACAUCUCGUGCGCGUCACGAUGUGGCUACAAUGACCUCUCCAUUACUUGUGAAUAAAUUUACAGAGGAGUUCAAUGCAGAAGUUCAGUGUUCUUUACCAUCCCCAUCUCCCAAGGAACCUGACUCUAUCUGUGAAGCGAAUUAUCGAUCAUCACCAUUGAAGUGCCACAACUGUCAAAACCAAAUACUUCACUCACCUAGCGCAUCAGCCUCCGUGGAUCAUAUAAACACAUCGCUCAGGACAAUGACAGAGCGUUUAUCCAGCGAGGAACAAAAGUGA